AUGGCCUCCUCGCACAAAUCUAGACAUUCAUCCGCGCCCAUAACUCGCACCGACACUCCGCCCGGAGAGCUGAAAGUCCCUGCGGCGCCAUCUAGCUUCAAGCGCACCAUUGACCUUCCUCCUGAUCUCGAUGACUACCCCUGUCAUGAUCCAAUGGCAGACCUCGAGGCCGAUGACGACAAUAUUGAAAUGCAGCAAUACCUUGAGCACAUAUACAUGACCUCGAAGUUGACACCAGAUAACAGUGGCGCGGCGAGAGAUUAUGGCUUCAGCGAAUCUCUGCCAAUCGAAACCAGGUCCGAUAGCCGCAGUGCCCAUAAUUUGAAGCAUAAGCUCAAAGAUGGGACCAGUAAAGGAGGAAGCGAUAGGCAUAGAAACCAUAGUCACCGCUUCGAAGCAGCCACGAGCAGUAGUGGGAGCACCACCACCAAAUAUGCGACGCCACCUACGACUGCGAGUUGGGUACAAGGUACAACCUGGAAUGAUGAAGAUACAAAUAGUCCGCAGUUGAAAGGAUUUAGCAGUCUUCUCUCUAAUCAGCCCGGAGAAUUGGACGAACUGGACAUCGGGCUAGUGCGUCCGGACGAGCAGUGGAAUUACGAGACAACCACGGACGAUCAUAUGGAUAUUCCAUUCCCAGUCCCACUCUCGGGCAGUAAAUUCGACGGGAAAAGGAAAGGGAAGGGUAAAGAUCUGGGAUGGUGA